AUGGACUUAGAUCCCCCAUUCCCCGCGAACGCGAUUAAGGAUCCGUUUGGCUACAGCGGAGACGAGAACUCUGACAUGUACAGCCCCUAUCGUCAACAGGCAGCAGCAGACACUCCGCAGAUCACUGACGCCCUAGUCUGUUAUCACCCGUGGGGUUACGACACUCCACGUCUGCCAUCUCCACCUGUCUAUGUCCCAUUCACCUUCCCGUGGUCCUUACCCGUCUACCACCCUUUAACCGAUUUCUCGAGCACCAUAGCCCCAGAUGAGGUCAUGGUUACCGGACACAAUCAAGAACACCAGCCCGCGACGAUCCCAUCCUAUCCCGCGGCCCCGACCACCUUUGACAGCCCUCCUGAUCAAGGUUACACACCCUCUUUACCUCAGCUGCUCAGCGAUGCCAGCGAUGACGGCGACAGCGAGCGCGUCCGUUCCUGGCUCCGUGCUCAAGGCGAGCAGGCGCUGGCGGGAUUCGAGGUGUCACCUGGUGAUGCACAUGCGAUGUACGACCUGGAAAGCCUUGGCUUAUCAGAGGCUGAUCUCGUCGCUCCUCGCGGCUCUGCUCUUGGCUUAGAGGUGGGAGAUGAUGACCCGUUCAUGGAGUUGAGCCAGAACGCGUCGCAGCAAGGUCCGGCUAUGACGUUCUCGCGCGAUGCUUCGUUCGAUGCUGAAGGUGAAGACGAACUGGACACUCCGCCGCUCACUCCUGUCACCCCCGCCAGCCGUGAGUCUCGCAACAGAGACCUCUCCGAGAACGAGAGUGCUCCAGGCACCCCUACCAGCACGCGUUUGGUUCCGGGACCUGGCAGUGUCAUCAGUGACGACGAGUACAUCGCCGCCGCCAACGACGAUGACGAUGGAGAAGGUGAGGACGAGCUGGAUGAUAUUCCCUCUUCUCCUGUCCCUGCGCCGCCCACACGCAAGCGCGCUUCGACGUCAUCAACUGCGACCAAGAAGACGUUCAAAGACGGUCUGUGGGAUGCCAUCAACAAUCCCGAGUUUGAGGAUGACAUCUACUGGGCAGAGGACGGGCUCAGUGGCGAGAUCCCUGAUAGGCGACAGCGUAAGGUGAAGAAGGGCAAGAAGGGCAAGAAGGGCGCAUCAUCAGCCUCUGCGCAGGAGACACGCAAGUCAGCGCGCUCCUCAGCGCGACGCUCUCAUAAAGAGGAACAGCAACCUGUGCAGGCAGCUCCCGCUGACGAAGAGCUCGAGGAGCUGCGUCCCCUCAAGCGUAGUCGUCGUGGUCAAGGCAGUUCGUCAGCUCAGCCUCCCGCAUCCAGUGGCACCGGGUCCACUUCUGCUGGGAAGGCCGAGUCCUCUGGUCGAUCCUCACGCAGUAAAAUGAAGGCUGCUGCUCGUGACGAUGUGUCGCGCUCGUUAUCGCCUGAGCCUGCCCAACCCUCCCUGUCAACUAUCCGGCCCAGGGUUCAACGCAACCGCAGGGCAUGA